GAGAAAUCACAAAAUUAAUAAGAUUGGGGUAUAUAGUAGAUGAUAUUUUGGUGGAAACAAAUUAAAGUGUGGGUGUGGAGUCAAAUUAAAAUAAUUUUGGGGGAAAAACAAGAGAGAAGCGGGAGUGUGACGUCAUCAGAAAGGAAGUGGUGUGUCACGGGCGUCUCGGGCGAGGCGAGGAAGAGGCAGGACUACCUGGAGUGGUCUGAAUAUUUCAUGGCUGUCGCGUUUUUGUCCGCUCAGAGAAGCAAAGAUCCGAGCUCACAGGUGGGAGCGUGUAUUGUGAAUCAGGAGAAUAAGAUUGUGGGAAUCGGCUAUAACGGGAUGCCUAAUGGCUGUAAUGAUGAUCUUUUGCCCUGGGCUCGAGCCGCUGAUAACAGACUGGACACUAAAUACCCCUACGUGUGCCACGCUGAGAUGAAUGCCAUCAUGAAUAAAAACUCGGCGGAUGUGAAAGGCUGCACCAUGUUCGUCGCUCUGUUUCCCUGUAACGAGUGCGCUAAACUCAUCAUCCAAUCAGGUAUAAAAGAGGUGGUUUAUUUGUCAGAUAAAUACCACAGCAGCCCGGAGAUGGAAGCUUCCAGAAGACUGCUGGAUUUGGCGCGUAUCACGUACAGGCAGUUUCAGCCGAAGCGGAACAAGAUUGUUAUCGAUUUUGACUGCAUCGGUUCUUCUGCACAGCUUGAGUGUAAUAGAGGAUGCACACCGGCUGUAAAUGGCGGAAGUGCUGAAAUACUGAACAACAAACACUGAAAAUGAUGGAAAUACUGAAAAUACUGAACUGAAACAUUGGCCUUCUUAAGAUUAAAUAUUUUUAUUUUAAAUCACGCAAAUACCAAACAUUACUGAAGUAGGCAAGUACUGAAAUACUGAUGUUUGGUAUUUCUUUAAUGUCUCUAAUGUCAAACAUUUAUCAAAAUUCUGAAAUACUGGUCAUUAUAAAAUACGGACAUUCUGAAUGUUACUAAUAUACCAAACAUUUAAAAUAAUGUGAAAUCCCGAAAAGUGCCUAAUGUAGAGAAAUACUGAACAAUCAAAUGUCACUGGACUUGUAAAGGUGAAUAAUCAAAUGUUACUGUAAUACUGAAUGUUACUGAAGUGCUGAAAUAUGAGAACAUGAAAAUCAAGCACCAAAUAUUGGCAAAAUAGAUAAAUACAUUAUUAAAAACGCUGAUGGGUUUCAGUAGGUUGAAAUGCCGAUUUACUGAAAUCGACAAAUAUCUAACAUCCCAAAUACUUCAAAUACUGUACUGAAAUUUACGAACAGAAGAAAAUACUUAACCGCCAGAUAUUACGUUAUAGUUAGUGUUUAUUAAAGUGCUGAAAUACCAGCUGAAACAUUGCAAACAGUAAAUUAUAUAAUACCGAGCAUUACUGAAACAAUGUAAUGAAGCAGUACCGUUAUUCGAUGAGCUGAAGAGUGAAACACCAACAUUUAUAGAAAUUUAGAAUGAUUCGUAAGAACCUUUUUUUCCCUUUUCGGUGUUGGUGCAGGUUUGUCCUUGCGCUCUGGUUCAUUACAAGGGCUCUGCUUAGCAUUUAAGUGAACUGCCUACUUUUAUGUAUAGUUUUAAAUUAAGUUUAGUUUUAAAGCUCUGUAAUACAUUAGCUACAUUUUCACUCCGCUUUCUGGCCAAAAAUCUGUUUGCAGAUUACCGAUUUAAGUGUAAUGAUGUGAACAAAUAUUAUUUUUCCACCAUUUUAAGGUUUGUAAUUUUAUUCAUUUUAUUUUCUUUUUUAAUUGAACUAUAUAUUAAACGCUAUGAGGUGUUUUGGUUUUAGAAAUUACACUCUGCUGUAGCUAAGCUUGAAGUUUGCUCUGAACUAAAUUUGCUUAUUCAGAGAUUAAUUGGAUUAAAUAUUUUACUGGGACAAAAAUUAAA